GCCUCCGCCUCUUCCCGGGGAGGACUGGCGGGAAGCGGCCAUCCCGCCCACCCGCCUGGCGGGACGCUUAAAGUGCGCUGGAGCGGUUGGGAACCCCGUGAGUUCCCGCUCGGCACGGCCAUGUCUACCCCCGCCAAGCGGCACUGCCAGAGCCCCGCCGGCUCCCUCGAAUCCAGCUUCCAGAAGCGCAUCAGGAAGGUUUCCAUCGAGGGGAACAUCGCUGCGGGGAAGUCAACGUUUGUCAGGCUGCUGGAGAAACACAGCGAUGAGUGGGAGAUCAUCCCUGAGCCCAUCGCUAAGUGGUGCAACAUCCAGACAGCCGAGAAUGAGGAUGAGGAACUUUCAACAUCUCAGAAGAGUGGAGGAAACUUACUUCAAAUGCUGUAUGACAAACCCACAAGAUGGGCUUACACAUUUCAGACUUAUGCUUGCUUGAGCCGAGUAAAAGCACAAUUAAAACCAGUCUCAGCCAAGCUACAUGAAGCAGAACAUCCAGUGCAAUUUUUCGAAAGAUCUGUAUACAGUGACAGAUACGUGUUUGCUUCUAACCUGUUCGAGUCUGGAAACAUCAGUGAAACAGAGUGGUCUAUUUAUCAGGACUGGCACACAUGGCUUUUGAAUCAGUUUCAAUCAGAUAUAGAACUGGAUGGCAUGAUCUAUCUCAGAACCACACCUCAGAAAUGCAUGGAAAGGCUACAGAUGAGGGGAAGAGAAGAGGAGCAAGGAAUUGAGCUUGAGUAUUUGGAAAACCUGCACUAUAAACAUGAAACCUGGCUUCAUGAAAGGACUAUGAGAGUUGAUUUUGAGAACAUUAAGGACAUUCCUAUUCUAGUUUUGGAUGUUAGUAAGGAUUUCAAGAACGAUAAAAUUAAACAGGAGUACCUGAUUGAUAAAGUCAAGUCGUUCCUAACUUCUUUAGAAGAUGAAAAAGAAUUCAAAUAACAAGUCCCUGAAGUCCACCUAACAAUCUGUGUGUUCAAAUAUUUACUUUAAGCAAAGGCAUUACUUGUAUAGCUUAUUUUAAAGCAAGCCUAAAAUGAAAUGUAAAAAUGAAGUUCGGGUUUUGUUUAUUUUUUUCCUUGUCUGAGCUCUGUGGGUUUUGAUAAAUCGUUAUGUAAAGCUAAAACGAAUAAAUAUGGGGUGAUUUGAUAAUGUUUUUGUUCCCUGUAUAUUCUCUGCUGUUUAAUAAAGAUUUUAA